CGGGAAGGGGCGUGGCCAGCGCUGUCAUGGCGGCGCCCAUGGAGCAAGCCCCGCCCUCCUCUGAGACCACCCACGACGCUGCGGAAGAGCCAAUGGGGCCCUCCCCCCUCGCUCUGGGCCGCCCCCCCCGGCCCGUGGGGGGGGCUCAGGACGAGUUCCGGCUCCGGCCCCACAACUACCUGCGGGGGUGCACGUGGGCCCCCGAUGGCUCCUGUGUGCUGAGCUGCAGCGCCGACAACACCCUGCGCCUCUUCGACCUCCCGCCCCCCCCCGCGGGCCCCCCGGCGCGGCCCCUCCCCCAGCUGGUGCCGGCGCUGCGGGUGGCCGAGGGUGACACCAUCUACGACUACACCUGGUUCCCCCUCAUGGACUCGAGACACCCCCCGACCUGCCUGGUGGCCUCCAGCAGCCGGGACAACCCCGUCCACCUCUGGGACGCCUUCGAUGGGACCCUGAGGGGCUCCUUCCGUGCCUACAACCACCUGGAGGAGCCGGUGGCGCCGCACUCGCUGAGCUUCACCCCUGACGGCUCCCGGCUCCUGGGGGGCUGCGACGGCUCCAUCCGGAUCUUCCCAACCCAGCGCCCGGGACGGAGCCACCAGGAGCGGCCCCUGCGGCAGGGCGGUCAGGGCCAGCGUGGCCUGAUUGGCUGCCUGGCGGUGAGUCCCAGCCAACCAGUGUUCGCCUGCGGCUCCUAUGGGCGGAGCCUGGGGCUGUACGCGCUGGAAGGGGGCGGGGCCCUUGCGCUCUGGCCCCGCCUCCCCGCGGCCCCCACCCACCUGCGCUUCAGCCCCGAUGGAGCCCGCCUCUUCGCGGGGGGGCGCAAGGACACGCACAUCCUGUGCUGGGACCUGCGGGUGCCAGAGCGCCCCCUGCUGGCGAUGGAGCGCCCCGUGGCCACCAACCAGCGUGUGACCUUUGACCUUGACCCGACAGGCCGGUUCCUGGUGAGCGGUGACACCAGCGGCUUUAUCACCCUAUGGGACACUGUUGGGACCCCCCCGGAACCGGGGGACCCCCCCUUGGUGACCCCAAUGCUGCGGUUCCGGGCCCUGCGUGACUGUAUCAAUGGUACCAGUUUGCACCCCGAGCUCCCGCUGUUGGCCACGGCCUCGGGGCAGCGGCUGUUCCCGGCGCCGUGGGACAGUGACGAGGAGGAGGAUGAGGAUGGGCCCCCCCCGGGAGGGGACAAUCGGCUCCAGCUCUGGUGGUGGGGACAUGAACCCCCCGAGGACAACGGCUGGGGUAUGGCCAUGGCCAUGGACACCGACUGUCACCCUAUGGGGGACACCCACUGUCACCCCAUUGAGGACACCCAUUGUCACCCCAUUGGGGACAGUGACUGUCACCCUAUUGAGGACACUGAUUGUCACCCCAUUGAGGACACCAAUUGUCACCCCACUGAGGACACCCAUUGUCACCCCGUUGGGGACACUGACUGUCACCCCCUUGAGGACACCGGUUGUCACCCCAUUGGGGACACCAAUUGUCACCCCAUUGAGGACACCGAUUGUCACCCCACUGAGGACACCAGGACAGUGUCUGACGAGUGUCGCCCCCUUGGAGACACCGACUGUGACCACCCCAUAGACAACACUUGGGACACCCGUGGGGACGCUGGGGCUGUGUGUGAUGACAGUCACCCCCCUGCGGACACCGACUGUGACGCCAGCGUUGACCACCCCACAUGCAGUGAGUGUGAGCCCCCCCAGGGACACUGAAUGUCACCCCUAUGGGGACACUGACUGUGACAUUGUCAUCUACAGCCCCCUAGGGCUGGUGUUUGGGGGGGGGUGGUUGUGUCCAGGGGUAGGUUUGAGGGUUUUGAGAGGGUGUUGUCACGUCCAGGUGAGUUUUGGGGUGUCACAUGUGGGUCUGAUGGAGGAUG